ACUGUCGCGAUGUCUGAACUGUACGAAAAUUUCGAUCCGGUUUCGUACGUAACAACGUACUCAUCCCUUUCCAAUAAUGCCGACCCGCUUGUGAAAGAACUGGCGCCUUUCCAGCUCGAGCAUCUGCACAAGUUCUACGUCACAACCGGACCCAAGCUAACCAGAUCCGGUUGCAGAAUACUAGAGUAUGGUGGAGGACCGGGCUGUGUCCACACUCUCAUCAGUGCUGCACCGUAUGCGUCGGAGAUCGUGUUUUCCGAGUACGCAGAGCAGAACCGAGAAGCAGCUAGGAAAUGGAAGUCAAGCACCAGCGACACGUCAGACCAGACACAUCUAUUCGAGCACGUGGUUUUCAAUUUGGAAAAGCGCACAGAAGAGAACGCUGCACAGGAGAGAGAAAAGAAGUUGAGAUCGUUGAUAUCUGAAAUUGUUCCUUGUGACAUCAACGAUUCUGUUGCUAUACGUGAUGUCACUCUACCUUUUGAUAUCAUUUCUACUCAUUUUUGCCUUGUAGCAGCUGUUUCGACAGUCGAGCAAUACGUAUCCGGAUUAAAGAAGCUCUCUCGUCUUCUACGUCCGGGUGGAAUGAUUGUGAUGUCUGAAGCCAUCGGUUCCACCUACUACCAAGUUGGAAAUGAAACGAUGCCUAAUGUUUGCCUUAGUACAAGUGAAGUAGUCCGUGAAUCUCUACUGCAGGCUGGAUUUAUUGACGUAUCAAUGAAGGCAUUCAAACCACCGCCUUCGUCACUCACUGAUUGUUCUCUGUAUGCCAUGUUCACUGCAGUAUUGAGUCCCGUUUGAGACUUCUAUAUGGCAGGCUCCAGCAAUUAUUGUCGGAUGACUUGAACACUUUACUGUUCUGAUUGUUGCAUGUACAGAAAUUUUCUGAGUUGCAUCAAUAAUUGCUUGGAAUUGUUAAUGGAAAUAUAAUGAAGUUAUUAACAAA